GCGAGUUGGUGGGAGCCGCGCUCGCAGCCCACGCGAGUCCGAGGUUCCUGGCGCGGGGUCCAAACCGCGGCCAACGUGACCGUUGGAGGCUUAAAGCGCUCGGAUCCCCGCCUACCGCCCCACGAUGGCUACCGAGCAGUGGUUCGCGGAGCCUCUGCCCCCGGGCCCUGGGGAAACGCCGCCUCUGGACGACUUGGAACUUGGGGCACAGCCCUGCGGAGACCCCUUGCGGUCAACACCCACUGGCAAACCUGGGGACCCACCAGAGCCGGAGCCUGAGGACGUUCAGGGACAGCCGCUGGAGGCUCCCACCUCUACUACAUCCCCCAAGUGUCUGGCCCUGGGCCCUGGGACCGCUACUCCUCCUCGUCUAGGCUUGGACACCAUGUUCAGCCCCAUCACCGAACAGCUCCGCUACCUGCUCAAGAAGGCAGAUGAUUUCCAGAGCUAUUUGCUCUACUGCAGGGACUGGGUGCCGAACGAGCAGCUGGCAAAGGCCAUGCCCACCUUCUUAAAGAUGUGUGAGCCCUAUUUCCUGUAUGUGGAGGCAGUUGCACGGAGUAUGCCCCCCAUCAAUGGAGCCCUACAGAAGUUGGUCCAAAAGGGGCUGUUGGAGAUUUCCCAGCAUCUGACCCUGCGCCUGGAACAGCUGGUCCGCAUAUAUGCCUCUUUUGGGUUUGUUGUCCUGGAGGAGACUGACCCCUUAAGCAUCUCCUGCUUCUUCUGUGGAAGGUUCUCUAUCAGCCCUUCCCACGAGGUGUCCAUCUUCCGAUACUGUGCCCCAGCUGCAUACACAGCCAGCUGCUUCCCGCAAUACCUCUAUAAGAAGAUGCGCUGGAACCUGGAAACCAUCCCAGAGCCCAGUGGCCGGGGACAAGAUUCCCAUGUGGAUUACUACUUCCUAUGCUAUCGUGAUACAUGGGAAGACACAGGCCAGCAUCCUGCCUAUUCAUGUCCCCAGAUGCGGAAGCUGUGGUCCAUUGGCCGAUGGGUGCCACUAGGACCAGCUGAGGAUGACCUCUAUUCAUGGAUUUUGUGUCCGCAGCCUCCUGGGGACUAUCAGCAGCUGCUGAUCAUCGGCUUCGAGGAGCCAUCGCACACACUGGCCACCGACCUCCUGGUGCAAAUCCUCAUUGGCCAGUCAGGCCCGGCCCGCCCCACGAGCGCGGCGGGGCUGGCGGUGUAAAGCAUGCGCAGAGACGCACUUGAAGCAAAAAGGGAAGUAGCGGCGCCUGUCAGCAACCGGAACCCAGAAAACCGCAAGUUUCGGGUAGCCGGGAAAUUCAACGCCUACUGGACCGAUGGCCGUUCUCUUGGCCUCCCGCCGAUCCGGAGGCCACUCCUGGGCGCCCCUGCCGGGGUCCUCUAA